CCUUCACCGUCCUCUACUCUCCACACUGUCCUCAGGCAUACCUGAGCCACCGCUGCAGAAACACUGGAUCCCACUCCUCCUCCUCCACGAGCAAACGCAUCCGCACGCUCUCUCUCUCUCUUGCACACACACAGUUUUUCACCUGGAGAGAGCAGGCGCAAGGGACAACAUGUGCAGCAGCAGUCUGUCCUCACAUCCAGCACUGCCUUUCUGAGUUGCCUCUUUCGGGAGAGUGGAAGUGGGGUGGGGGGGUGGGGACGACUCUGAUUCUUUUGGAGCCGUUGUUGUCUCUCGGCAAAAGUAGGAGAGACUCGGGCAGUGGGGGAACACCUGCCAACCCCAGGGGACACCAAAGGAGACACAAACACACACAGCAUGAUUCUGGGAGGCAUUAAUCGGGCAGGGGCAGCAGUGCCGACGUUCCUGCGGACCCCCACGGUGAUCCAGCCCCACCUGGACAUGAAGCCCUUCCUACAGUUUCCUAUGGAAAGUCCGCCGCCUCCGCACAGCAUGAGUCUCUUCCACAACUUCAACACCAUGGACCCAGUCCAGAAGGCCGUGAUAAACCACACCUUCGGAGUGCCUCUGGUCAAGACCAAGCGGCCGGUCAUCUCCUGCAAUGUAUGCCAGAUCCGCUUCAACUCAGAGAGCCAAGCAGAGGCCCAUUAUAAGGGGAACCGCCACGCCAGGAGAGUUAAGGGCAUUGAGACGUCCAAGAGUCGCCCUCAGGAGGGGGACAAGCCUCAUGCCCUACCCCAGACCUCACCACCAUCUCCACCUGGAGCCCCUGGCCCUGCCCAUGACUGUGAGCCAGGCAAAGCAGAUGAAACAAGACCUCUGCCACAGUUAAACGAGACCCUUCUGGCUCCGGGGCCCCUUCCUUCACUACCCACACCACCCACCCCACCCAUGGAUUCCCCUCUGACAUCAGUGUGCCCACUUCUUCCAACCCAGACUCCUCCCCUUAUGCCCCCCACCUCCUCCUCCCCCAGCUGCGGUAGUGCCAGCUCGGACCAGCCUGGAUCUGGACCACCAGCUUCGGGAGUCGCAGGCGCAACGGCCUCCGGCAGCCCGUCCAACCCAGAGACGGAGGAGGAUAAGGCCAAAAAGCUCCUGUACUGCUCACUGUGCAAGGUGGCUGUCAAUUCCCUUUCGCAGCUGGAGGCCCACAACAAAGGUACUAAACACAAAACUAUCCUGGAGGCACGAAGCGGGCUUGGUCCUAUCAAAGCAUACCCUCGCCUAGGCCCAAAGCCUAGUGGAGAGCAGGGAGGGGGGCCGGUGGACCCCAACACUCAGGAACGAACCUUCCACUGUGAGAUCUGCAACGUGCGGGUGAACUCUGAACUGCAACUCAAACAGCACAUAUCAAGCCGGCGGCACCGAGACGGCAUGGCAGGAAAGCCUAACCCCCUCCUCAGCCGACAUAAGAAGCACAGGGGCGCGGAUCUGACGUCUUCUUUGACCUUCUCCAAGGAUCUCACCAAAGCUUUGGGUGCAGGGCUGUUGCCAAGCCCGCUGGCCGUCGCCGCAGCUAUGGCCGCUGCUGCAUCCUCGAACCCGUUGGCUCUCCGCGCAGCUGCCCCCGGCCAUCACCCGCACCCCCACCACCACCACCACCUCUUGCAAGGCCCGCCUCUCAGCCACGCCAUCUUGAGACCCGCCCCUGGGCCCAUUCGCACCACCCAUGGGCCAAUCCUCUUCUCUCCUUACUGACACAUCACCCUGUGACUUCAUCCAGUCAAAAACAUCCACUCCAAAAGCACACUGUGAAGCUAGAGAAAAAAAAAAAGACCAACAAACAGCAAUUGAUAAGGGGGGAAGCAUCAAGUAGUUUAAAUAUCUGAUAGAAUAGUAAGGGAAAGGAACAGUGGGAAGGAGUACAAGCAUUAAGUGUCUCUUUUUCCCUUUACCUGAAACUCUCCACUCACUCGUCCUCUUUUUCAAAGGACUUCUGACGGCUCUGUAAAAGGAACGAGUGAAGGAAAGGAUUCAUUAUGCAUCGUACUCUCUUGUACAUUUCCCAUUUUCCCUAGUCCUUCCCUUGCACUGUGGCCAAAAUGCGGCCACCUCAGUUUAGAAAAAAACAAAAAGAAAAACUACACAGACUGCGCAGAUCUUUCUGGAAAUGUCAAACCACGCAUAGUGUUACAUUAUUCCGGGACAGGAGGGGGAUGUUUCUCCUGUUAUCACAGCUCGACUUCUUGUCAUCCUAUGCACCUCAAAAAAAACUGGACAAUAAUGUUACGUCAGUAGGGUAGCCGCUUCCUUCGGUCUUUGCUGUAUCUGCCACACGUAGCUGUGGCGCUCUCCACAAAAACUGUACACGUUCUGCUCUGCAGCCAGUAGCUCUUCCAUUUGUGACACUAGGUCCUCACUAGAUGCAACACGACGUUGUUUGACAGCCAGGUGGUCCUUGCACCCAAACACGUCAGACGGAGAAGGUCAGGAGAGCUGAGGAGGGACUGUAGGGGAUUGCACUCUAACCUCCCGUCAUUGCCCGAGAAGGUGAGGUGAGAGGAGGGUUGGCGCGGGUUAGUGGACGGAUUAACCACAGGAAGCAUGCAGAUACACACACACACACACACACACACGCACUUAUAGUCCAGAACAAAUCUGCGUUUUAAAAUAGAUUGCAACAACUAACACGGCUGCAGGGCACGUCUGCCAGCUUUCAUACCAGUCAGAGAAAGACCUCAAAGAAGGCAAAAGGGGAGGGUGGACACAGCGGGAGUCAAGCUUAUGAACGUACUGUACUGCUGUACUCAACACAUGGCAGUCCUCUACGACUGCGGUUUAGUUCAAGGAAAGUAUGUUCUACAGUAUUAUGGUAUACGAUACUGAAAAGAGCAUAGGUUAUAUUUGGUAAAUUCUGUUUUUUUUCUGUUUACACCAUUUAGAAAGUUGAAAUCCUCACAUUGCCAUGCUCCUUUCUCUCAGGUUGAAUUACUGUGUAGGUGGGCAGGUACGACUUAAAGCUGACCCUCUGUUCUGAUGUAUUCAUGUUGUUCCUGCAUGCGUCCUUGCAAUGAGGCUCUUCAGGGACAAGCGUUAGCAUCACUAUGUUGAACCCUUUCAUUCCUGCAAAGUCCUCCUCCUCCUCCUCCUCACCUGGCUGAUAUCCAAAGGUUUCUUCAUUCGGGUCAGCAAAAAAAAAAAAAAAAAAGAAAGAAAACUACGUCUGACAACUUGCAGACCAAUAACCUGAGAUCGAACCGGAUGAAAAGCAUUCAUUCUUAGUUUAAAACAGAUCUUGAGCUGGAGUGAUAGCCGAGCCAGAAGCCAAGAGAAGGCGCCGAGAAGCAGAAGCCGUGACGUCCAGCUUGAGGCAACUAUUGAUACUUCCUGAUUAACAAGUGAAAGCCAUGACACGCACCCUGAUUCACUUUCUUUUACAAAGACUGGUGUGCACUUCGUUAUAUCUCAGUGUGGACUGUUACUUUAUGUUUAUGCCGCACAUACAAAAAUGAGCAUUAUAAAAUUAAAAUAAACAUAUAAUAUUUUUGUAGGUAGGAAAUGUUAAUCAAUUGAUCCAUGAAAGGAACUGAAGAAAGGGGUUGCAAUAAUUUUGGUUUCACAAACACGCCUGAAACACUCGGGCACUCUAUUUGUACUCGGAAAUUGGACUUUCUGACUUGUAUCUCAUAAUUUUUAAUUAGCUAUAAUUAUAAGAUAGUAUCUCACAAUUCUGACGGAUCUCAUAAUCUCAAGACACCAAUCCUCUCCCCCCCCCAUCACAAUGUUGGAAUCAGGCUUCAAUAAAAACGCAUCUGGAAUAUCCUCUGUAGUCGGCUUUCCACAUGGGACGGUUGGCCCAGCCCCAAGUUCAAUAUAAAAUAUAGCUUUAGUGCAAAUAUGGCUUAGUGAAAGUUGGAGGUGUAAAUCACUCAUUUGCGAAACCUGAAAUAAAUGAGUUACCCCAUAGCAAUUUAUUGUUGAGUAAAAAUACAAGAGAUGAUGUUGCUAUUCAUCUAAAUAGGAAAAAGAAAAAGACGAAAGACGUCCACAUAAAGAUGUCUUUUGAUGUGCAAAUGUGGGUUCAGCUUAAUCAAAUAAGUUUACGAAGCCUGGCUAUCAACAUCUUUGCUUAGGCUGAAAUUGAACGGGAUUUUCAACAUGUAAAAAAAUUAUAAUCAUGAAACAGGUAAAAAAAAAAAAAAGUCCAUAGAUAUUCAGUGUUUAAAGAGUUUUAGCGAUGGUCUAUAGAGCGUAACUAUGCAUACCAUUUAGAGUGCUCCAUUAAGGACAAAAAUCAAUGCCAUAAAGUGAUAACUUUUAUCUGUAUCGUUCAGUAGCAGCAGUUUACACUUUGGAUAUGUAGUCUCCUGACAUGUGUGGCUUUUUUAAGCAUAAACAAAUAGCUUGGCUGUUCAACUGUUGUGCUCUGCCGGAACGAUUGCACCUCCAACAAUAAAUGGAUCCAGUGAAUCAAAAAUACUGCUGCAAGCCGCAAUUCCUGCGAUGACCAUUUUGAUCUAUCGCCGUAUCUGGCUGGUGUUCAAACUUUUAACUGCAGCAUGCCCAACUCGGGUAUUACAUUAUACCCAGAUCAGAGCUCUGACUUCCGAGACAACUGGAAUGCAGAAUUAGAAACAGGCGACACCAGAUGAUGAGCCAAAAAAAAAAAAUGCUAGCUAAGCAACAGCAGCCCUCUUUUGCUCGACAGCUUGAAACGAUAACCCCUUUUUUCAAACGAGAUGUACACUGUGCCCUAUCAUUGAGAAACAAUGAGCUCUAAUGUCUUACCUUUGUCUGAAUAUUGCAAUGCAAUGAGCAAUUUUUAUCAAAGUGACUUAUCAUUGUGACAUUGUUGUCUGGAGUCGUUUAAAGCGGGAGCAUGCCAGCUGACAGACUUUUCUUUUUCUUCCAUGAGGAGUAUGGGCCCUCACGGGUACUGAGGGCGCUGUAGCAAAAGACAGAUGCAUAGCUCGGCACAGGGACUGACCCUUCAUAUUAAAGGGCCUUUAAACUACGGGGAUCUCUGUUUGGGGAACAGGGUAAAGCACCAGAUAUCCAAGGUUUAUGGCUUGAUGAUCUGUUUAACAGGUUAUGGUUUUUUUUAUUAUUAUUUGGAUUCCCUGACUUACAUAUUAUCUUUUUUUCUGUUUGUGAGUAGCCUAUCCAAGUGAAAAUCCAGAAAAACAGUAUCAAUGCCAUUACUUAAAGAAGAAACUAAAUCAGUGUCAGCUUCCACCAUUGUGCUCUUUUUGUUGUGGAAAGUAAUCUUCGCGUUCAUUUUGUGAGUGAGAUGCUGUUCCAGGAUUUGUCUUUGCCUUCCUGUUGGUGUGUGUACCAUGUAUAUUCUAGUGUGUGAUGGGAUCUGCUCACUCCUUAACCUCCACUGGCUGCAGACGGAGGCAACCUGGAGCUAAAAAAGGGGCCAUGACUUGGUGACGGAGACAAAAAAAAUCCUGUUUGGUUUGGUUCGAGAAAGAUUGACGGAUCAGAAAACAUUGUGUUAAUGAGCUGAUCGAUAACUCAGCCUUAUCAAAGUGUUAGCAUCCCUGCUAGGUCAGUAAUUCUAGUAGCAUGACUAAAAUGUUCAAAUUGUCCUAGAUAUGUUCACAAAGUGGAAACAGCCAUCAAGUCAUCCUCAUUAUUCACAUUGGGGGAAUUAAAUAUCCAGUUCCCAUUUCCUGGACUACAUGUUAGCUGAUGUUUAGGCUCCUAGCCUUAGCCUUAUCUGCCCUCAGUCUCUCUCUGAGCAGAAACAGGGAAAGAGAGAGACCGAGAGGCUUUGGUGUAUUUCUGUCUUGCCAAUAAAAUUAUUUUUGAACUUCAUUAUCAGAGGGAUAAAGAGUUUGUAUGGCGAACUGCAGCAAUACCUGACUCAUUCUGGCUACUCUUGUUUAUUGCAAUAAGAAAAUGAAACAAUAAAUGUGUAUGUGAGUAAAACAUAAAUGUAAUUUAAAUAAAAAAAAAGAAACUUUAUGGAAAAUAUUGAUAUCAAGCAAAACCAUUGUGAAAAAAGUAAACGUCAAUAAAUCAUGAAAUGACA